GGCUCAAAUGUGGCCUAGGCAUCGCCGGAAUGUGGCGCACUGCUAUAUACUUUUAUAAUGAGGGCACGGAUUCUGUUGUCUAGCCCUAAAGGUGUACGCUGGGCCCUCCGCGUCCUUCCAUUGUUAUUGUGCAUUUCAAGCACUAUCGCAUUUAAUAUAAAGUCGAAAGAUGUGAGUUCCUUGCAUUCUAGGCUGCAGCAGCCUCAACUGAAGCUGGGGUCUGGUCAUCAAUCAAGGCCGCUAUACGGCUUUUUUUCCAGUGACUCUUCCGAGACUACCGAUGCUUUGAAAGGUGCCUUGCAGCCUAAAAUAGGCCUCAGUGCUGAGGUGAACAGCAUGGAUGGUGCUAAAGUUAGUCGUUAUGACGAUGAACUAAACUUAGAUUCACCUUCGCCAUGUGUUAAAGUGGAAAACGAGCAGACAUACCCAUUUCAAGCUGAAGUCAGCAGGGUAAUGGACAUUAUCGUCAACUCACUGUACACCGACAAGGAUAUAUUCCUAAGGGAGCUAGUGUCUAAUGCCGCUGAUGCUCUUGAUAAGCGUAGGAUACAAGCUGAUCCCGAUGAAAAGGUUCCGAAGGAGUCCUUCGGCGGCAUAAGAAUAAUUCCCGACAAGGAGCACAACACUUUGACUAUCGAGGACGAUGGUAUCGGUAUGACUAAGGACGAGUUAGUACACAAUUUGGGUACCAUUGCUGAAUCCGGCACUGCCAAGUUCCUCAAGCAGCUUGAAUCUGGAACUGAUACCAAUAACCUAAUCGGUCAGUUUGGUGUUGGUUUCUAUUCAGCCUUUCUGGUUUCUAACAAGGUGGAAGUCUAUUCACGUGCCUAUGGCCACGAAGAUGGUGGCAUUUUCCGUUGGAAAUCGGAGACCAAUGGUACCUUUAGUGUGGCCCAGGUAAAUGACGAUGAAUUGCAAAAGGGAUUCAUGAAAUGCGGUACUCGUAUUGUGUUACACAUAAAGCCUGAGUGCGACGACUAUUUGGAAGACUACAAGAUAAAGGAACUGCUUCGUAAGUACUCCGAGUUCGUUAGGUUCCCCAUCCAGGUAUGGGUAGAGAAGGUCGAGUACGAGAGGGUACCUGAUGAAUCCACGGCUGUAGAGGGUAAGCCUGGGCGUUACAAGACAAUAAGUAAGAAACGGCACGAGUGGGAGCACGUUAACACACAGAUUCCUAUAUGGAGACGUGACCAGGCAGAUGUGAAACCUGAGGAUUACGUGUCGUUUUACAAAUCAACAUUUAAAGCAUAUGACGACCCUCUGUCUUAUAUUCACUUCAAAGUAGAGGGCCAGGUUGAGUUUAGCUGCUUGCUAUUCGUUCCUGGAUCGUUACCGUGGGAGCUGAGUCGUAACAUGUUUGACGACCAAUCUAGGGGCAUUCGUUUAUAUGUCAAGCGCGUGUUCAUCAACGAUAAGUUUUCGGAGGCUGUGCCCAGAUGGCUAACGUUUGUACGCGGUGUGGUGGACAGCGAUGAACUUGCUCUCAAUGUUGGUAGGGAGUACCUGCAGCGUUCGAAGGCGCUGACUAUCAUCAACAAGCGCAUUGCCAUCAAGGCUAUUGAUAUGUUCAAGAACCUGCAAGCGGCCAACCCAGAUCGUUUCAAGAAGUUUACCGAUAACUUUGGCAAAUACAUCAAAAUAGGUGUCGUCGAGGAUCGGGAGAAUCAACAGGAUUUGGCUUCUCUAGUUAGCUUCUGGUCAACCAAAUCGGGGCAGGAUCGUGUAACACUGGAUGAAUACAUCAAACGCAUGAAGCCGAAUCAACCUGCUAUAUACUACCUCACUGCGGACAAUUUGCAAGCUGCACAAAGUUCACCUUCAUUGGAAAAACUCAAGGCCUUGGAUUACGAGGUUUUCUAUGCCCUUGAGCCCAUUGAUGAGUUUUGCUUCUCGUCCCUGACUGCCUCCAAGUACAAGAAUAUCAUGGUCCUGGAUGUCAACAAGAGUGACCUUAAACUGAGCGAAGCUGACAAUAAGCAGGAAAGUGCACAGAAAGAUAAUAGUGUAGAAUAUGAAACAUUAUGUGGUUGGCUCAAGCAGCUGUUCCCAGACGAUUUACACGAUGUGAAGGUCAGCAAGAGGCUGGUUGAGUCACCUGCUAUAUUGGUACAAACUGAUUUUGGCCUAUCGCCCAGCAUGCAGCGUUACAUGAAGCAACAGGCUACAUCAGCUGGUAUGAACGACACCGAGUUGUUUGGUACCUCUAUGGUAAGCAAGCCCGUGCUAGAGAUCAACAUAGACCAUCCCAUCAUCCAGCAUUUGAACAUGAUGGUGAAGACCGACAAGUUAAGUGACGUCCCACGUCAAGUUGCCAAGCAACUGUUGGAUGUAGUUUCAAUCCAGGGUGGCUACAAUGUAAAGGAUCCUACACAGUUUGCUCGUAGCGUCUUAGAUCUAAUGCAGCGUGAAGCCAAGCAGUUUAUAGAGAAGCAGGAAUCUGCUUGAUAAUAUAGUAAUUUUACUUAUCUACCAUGUCUAGUGAUA